AUGUUCCAGGAAGACAGGUGUUUAGAGAAGUUGUACACGACAGCCAUAAGCGAACUCUGCAACCGCCAUGGGAUUCUCGUCAUCUUCGACGAGGUUAUGUGUGGAAUGGGGCGUGUAGGGACUUAUCACGCCUGGCAGAGCUUGGGAGGUGUUGCCCCUGAUCUCCAGGCCAUCGGCAAGGGUUUUUUGGGAGCCGGCUAUCAACCGUUAUCGGUGGUGCUUAUAGGCAAAAAGGUCUACGAUAUGUUUGAGGAGCAUUCAAGGCAGCCGAAAACAUUGGUCAGCGGCCAUAUGUUCCAGGGCCAUUCGAUGGAGUGCGCCGGUGCUCUCAUUGUACAGAAAAUUCUGGACCGUGAUAAUUUGAUCCUGAAUGUGAUGAAGAGGGGAUUGCUGCUUGAGUCCCUUUUGCCGGAGGGUCUGUUAUCAUAUAAGAAAGAGUAUGGUGUUAGUCUGCGUGGAUCACGGCUGUUCAGAACUGUGGACUCGUCUGUACUGAGGCAUCGCCGAUACGAACAGUCGACAUUACGACGGGAACAUCUACUACAACGCGCACGGUUCUCAUCACACUUGCGAUGCUGCUGUAGACAUUGUACACAACCUGUGUCAGAUGUUGGUUAUUGGCAAAUCCCUACAAGUGUUAUAAAUAAGACUAGAUAA